AUGUUAAUUUGUGAACUAUGGGUGUAUUUAUUAAUAAUUUACAUUAAAACCUGUCCCUGUAUAAAAAUAUCUCGGAAUGCGCCCUGUUUAAUAUCAAUUCCUGACCUGAGUAGAAGAUUUGAGAGAACAUGGCUAUUUAUCAAUGAAAUCGACCCAACUGCACCAAAUAUUAUAAAAAAAGAGUUACUAUCGCAAUUGAAGGAAUUUGACUUGGACGAUCCUACUUUUACUGAGGCGUCCAAUCAGCUAGAUAAGAUCGCACAUAACAUUUCUGAUAGAAUCCUCAGGAAGAAGAACAAAUUUAAACUAGAAAAUCUGUUCAUACUGAAGGAAAUUAGGGAUGUCCCUCAGUUUCUCAAGUUUCUAUCUCCUUUUAGGGAAAAUCCUAUCGUUUACUCCAUUUGGAACAUUAAGCCGAACUUCCUUCCAACAGGAGCAAAACUCGUUUUAGAAAUCCAGUACAGGUUUCCCAUAAAAUUAAAAGGAGUGCCUACAAUGUACUUUUCGCCCGUAGUCACCUACAAGGCGGACUUCAACCCAGGUGCGUCCACGUGUGUUAGCCACGACGUCGACUCCAUGUUCUCCAACGAGACCAUCACGCUGGACACCGACCCCUUGAUACCCUGGAAGACUCAUAAAGUCGGAUCCUUUAUGAUGUACCCUCCCUUGGUCAACUUCGCAUUUAAUGUAAAGUAA